CCGUAUUUAAUGAAUUAAAUUAUUAACUUCAUCGUUAUUUUUAUAUAUUUGUAUUUUUAAAAUAUUUAUUUUUAUAUAUUUAUGACUAUUAACGUACUAUUAAACGUAACAUUAGCAUAGAAACAAAGUAAAAUAUCCAUACGUAACUUUUCCGUACCGUAUUUUACUAACUAUGAUGACUAAUGAAUGAAGAAAAUUGAAAGAGAAACGUUACAACUUACAAGUGUUGUUUUUCUUUUAAGAAAAAUUAUUUUACUUAACUAUUUAAUAAAUAGUUGUUGAAGAAUAUCAUUUAGUGAUAGGAAUGGAGAUUUAAUCGUGAUUCAAUCAUUUUAUAUCGCUAAAUAUUAUUCAAUAAUUAAACAUUUGAAAUUAUAUUUUUUAGUCUACAAUAUGAUUUCAUCAAUCUUGACUAGGCAUUAGUCUUUUUUCUCUGGCUUUAUAAACUGUUAAUAAUUUUAACUUAUGUUAACAUUGAGAAGAUCUGACCCGUAGCUUAGAGUGGAGACUGGAGAGGUUCACUCGGCCCAAAUUAGAAUUCAUAGGUGUAAUUGGGUCCAAAUGCGAAAGUCUGAUAAGAUUUUUUAUUAUUUCAGCCCUUUGGCCUAAAUAUUUUGCACGCAUUAUGGAAAAAAGAAAAAUACAUUAUUUGCUCAGCAAGAAGCCAAAAAUCGUGAGAUAGAAGAGGAAAUCUUGUUCAGCAAAUCAGUCCAAACGGGAAACGAAAUAUAACUGAUUAAUAUGCGUAUGACAAUUUUGUCCUUCCCCGGAAAACUCUAGAACCCCUAGGAUUCCUAUUUCAGUAAUUCCACUCCGUCAACAAGCAUACACACUUCAAGAAAGUGAGUGAGCAAAUUAGCCUUCCAACGAUCAAUCCACAUUGCAAAAAUCUAGCAAACGCAAUCGAGCACAGCCGAAAAUCCGCCGCGAAUCAUGGCCACCGCAACGAAAUUCAAGAUCAACGGCCGCACACUUGCUCCGGAGGUCCCACUGCCGUCUCCCUCCGCCACCGUCCUCGACCUGAAGCAGGCCAUCCAGUCCAUGCUCGGCGUCCCCGUCGCGAGGCAGAGGCUCUUCCACAAAGGCGACGGCGAGCUCCUCAACCACCGCACGAUCCAGUCGUACAAUCUGAAAGCAGAGGAGAGGAAGUCGGUCGCGAAUCUGGAUCUGACGGUGGAGCCGCUGCCGAAGAAGAGGAGAGGCGAGAGGAUCUCGUUCGUGGUGAAGUGCGGCGACGAGAAGGCUACCUUGAACCUCCGGGAGACCGACACCUUGCGUGACCUGAGGUGGGAGAUCUAUGGCAGAUUCAAGACCUGUACUCCGACCGAAUUGCGCUGUGCCGGAGUCACGCUGCCUUGGCCCGUCUGCCACGGGGAUGAUUCUGAUGAUGUCGAUCUGUACGAGUACUAUCUCUCGGAAGGCACGGUGUUUGAGGCUGCGGCGGCGAGGCUUGAGUCGAGUCACAUCUACGGUCCGAAAACUUUCCCUCCUUCCUUCUACAACUCUCAGUGAUACUCUGAUCUCUGAAACACAUGAAUGGAGCUGAUUUCCGUUUUCUCUGUUCCCUCAACCCCUAUCGAUUUCCUAGCAUCUUGUUUUCUUUCGAUGGCGUAAGGUUUAGAAAGUCUGUAAUUCCUUGUUAGACCUCCCCUGCUUGUACUGAUCUUGAGAAUGCUGAAGUAGAAUUGUAUGUUGAUGAACUUUCAUGGUGGUUUGUUUGUUAAUUUCUUCGUCGAUGAUCAAAUUCUUGAAGAUCUUCCGUCCUUGUGAAGUUCUGCAGAAAGUAGAAACCCCUGGCUAUCUGCAAACUAGACCUCCCCUGUUUGUAUGGAUCUUGAGAAUGCUUUAGUAGAAUUGUUUGUUCAUGCAGUUUCAUGGCAGUUUGUUAAUUUCUUCGUCGAUGAUCGAAUUCCCUCGCAAAUUUCUGCAGAAAACUAGAAACCCUAGCUAUUUGCUAAUUGAUAUUUUAUCAGGAUUCCGAUUAGUUAUCCUCCUAAUUAAUAUAUUUAAUUAGAGUUC